GAACCGGUCAUGAACGGGUUGCAGCAGAGGUGGCCCGCCCCCUUCUGCACAAUGCCCUCCAAGUUCGUUUGCAAACCUUCUUCAGGCUACUACUACUCAAACUCCGGUGUCCUUCGGCCUUUUCCAUUCCUGCUUUUCCUCGAUACAAAUAAUGGCAACGUAUCAUCAGUGGUUGUUAUUGACGGCACUUUCCAUCACACUUGGUUCUCGGGGGCAGCAGGACUCCGAUCCCCAAGAUGUCAGAGACGACAAAGCUGUACCUUCUGGUUCUGCAUUCGAAUGUCGAUGCCACCAAGGAUAAAGUCAACCGAGGAUUAGCAUCUGUAUUCCGCGCAGCCUCAGCAGCUGACCAUGAUUUGUGGAAAGCAGAUCUGAACUAUCUGCAAUCCAAUGAUAGUCACUGCUCUACACAAAUUGUCUUGGAACGUAUGAGCCCCCUGGGCCCCGACCAAAGUGUCGAAGAUGAUAUCCAACGACUAUGCGACAGUCUCUUCAGCUCAGGCGAUGCUUUGUCUUUACUAAGACUGCUGGAGAAGCACAAUGUCCAGUUCUUACCCGACCUUCCUCCGGGAAAAUCAAUAGAGGGCGUUAAGGGAAACAAUUUUCAGAUCUUUCUCCCCCAACAGCAACUUGCAAAGAUCAAGAAGAUCCUCCAUCAGACCAGCCUCUGGCUCCACCUCGCCAUGUAUGAACAGCAAAUCAAGAACAACGGGGGCGAGGCAGCACUCACGGGGGAAGACCGAAAAAAACGGACUCAGUUCCGUGAACGGAUGAAAAACGUCUUCAACAUUGAAAACCCUUUGAAGAAUGCAGACAAUCCAGACUACCUUGGGCAGAUUCUAGGGAAUGAAAAAAUCGUGACGAAAGAUCUGCAGGAGCUUGUCAACAUAAUCGAGAAGCGAAUACUUCCAGGUUGGUUUACCUGA